AACUUCCUGUUUUUUUCAUCAACUCUCAGAGAGGAAACAAGUCUUUUACACGCAAACGCCAGUCUGUGUGAAGCAGACGACAGCUAAAAAACAAUCCAAGCAGGUAUUCUGAUGUCAGAAAGUGAAUCUGUGAGCGUGUGUUGCCAACUACGUGACAAACACCAAGGGUGAGACACGUCAAAUGAGAUCUAAAGAAGCAAGAGCUGAAGAAAAUAUGGAGCAAAUGACUGUUGCUGGUCAAACAAACAAUGCCUUUCAAGGUUUCAAAGACCUGGUUUCCUCAGUGAAGGCUUCAAUUCACCACUUCCAGCCCAGCAUCACAGCUCAGAGUGGCUGCAGCGUUGUUUCUCCUUUCAUAAUUGGUUCUUGCGUUGAAAACGUCAACAUCAAUGUAUCCACAAUUCAAGGACCAAAUGAUCAGUUGAAAGAAGAGCUCCAUGAAGAUGGAAAAUGUGACUUUGGUUCUCAACAUCCCCACCAUAAGAUUAAAGAAUGUCAACAGAAACUUAAAGAAACCCUGAAGAGGAAUUUCAGUCACUUGGCAGAGGGGCUAAUGACAGAGGCAAACAAGACCCCUCUGAAUCAGAUUUACACAGAGCUGUACAUCACUGAAGGAGGAAGUGGUGAAGUGAAUAAAGAGCACGAAGUAAGGCAGAUCGAGAAGGCAUCACAGCGAUGUGCAAACAGGGAGAAAUCCAUCCACUGUAAUCUCCUGUUUGUUCCUCCACCUGGAGACGAACGUCCCAUAAGAACAGUAAUCACAAGAGGAGUCGCUGGCAUUGGAAAAACCGUCUCAACCAAUAAAUUCAUGCUAGACUGGGCAGAAGAAAGAGCAAAUACAGACCUAGACUUUGUUUUCCCGCUCCCUUUCAGAGAUCUGAACAUGAUGAGAAAGGUUACCGUCAGUUUUGUAGAUCUUCUUUACAAGUUUUUCCCUGAAAUAAAAGGUAUCGACAUCUUCAACUGCUCUAAACACAAAAUGCUUUUCAUCCUGGAUGGUUUUGAUGAGACUCGCCUUUCUUUGGACUUCCAAAAAACUGAAAUACUGUCAGAUGUGAUGGAGCCAACCUCAAUUGCUGUGAUUCUGACCAACCUGAUCAGGGGACGGCUGCUUCCUUUGGCCUUUGUUUGGAUCACAUCUCGACCAGUGGCUUCCACUAACAUCCCAAUGGAGUGCAUUGACCGCGUCACUGAGGUGCGAGGGUUCAACAACUCACAAAAAGAAGAGUUCUUCAGGAAGAAAAUUAGUGACAAGAACUUAGCAAACCAGGUGAUCGCACACGUGAAAUCCUGCAGGAGUCUUUACAUCAUGUGCCACAUACCGGUCUUCUGCUGGAUGGCGGCGAAAGUUCUUGAGAAGAAAAUGGCAACGAAAGACAACAAAGAAACACCAAAGACCCUCACACAAAUGUACAUCCGCUUCCUUUCUUUGCAUGCAGACGUUAUGAAGAAAAGGCUGCCUGGAAGAAAAGAAUCAAAUGCAAACUGUGUGAGAACGAGCCUCCUUGCGUUGGGUAAACUGGCUUUCCAAGCACUGGAGAAAGGCUACCUGAUCUUCUACGAGAAUGAUCUGAUCCUCAGUGGCAUCAAUGUCUCACAGGCAUCCAUGUUUUCAGGAAUUUACACACAAAUCUUCAGCGAGGAGAUGUCUCUGUGUGAGGAGAAGAUGUUUUGCUUUGUGCAUCUGACUGUUCAGGAGUUCUUUGCAGCAUUGUAUGUCUAUGUCACUUUCCACAAUGAAAACACCAACAUCUUGGUGAAGAAGUCGUCCAGUUCACGACGACUCCUGUCCAGAGACUCAUCAGAGCUCAUCCUUUACAAAGAGGCAGUGGAAAAGGCUUUGUGGGGUGAAAAUGGGCAAUUCGAUAUCUUUCUGCGCUUCCUUUUGGGCUUGUCAAUGGAGGACAAUCAGCCCCUGUUGAAACAUCUAAUGACUAGCAACAGAACUCACCAAAGAACAAGAACUGAAAUCAUUAAACACAUAAAGGAGAAUAUAAAAUCCUGCCACUCCACAGACCGAUGCCUCAAUCUGUUUCACUGCCUGAAUGAGCUGAAUGAUCACUCUCUGGUGGAAGAGAUUCAGGACUACUUCAGCUCAGGUAUUCUGAACAAAACCAACCUUUCACCUGCUCAGUGGGCCACUCUGGUCUUCGUGUUACUGACCUCAGAGGAGGAGCUGAAUGUGUUUGACCUUAAAAACUACAUCAGAUCAGAGGAGGGCCUCCUGAGACUGCUGCCUGUUGUUAAAACAGUCCAAGUGGCAAGUCUGAAUGCAUGCAACCUCACUAUGACAUGCUGUGCAAACCUGGCUGAUGUCAUCAGCUCAUCCCAACUUCGAGAGCUGGACCUGAGCAACAACGAGCUGACAGAUGCAGGGCUGAUGCAGCUCUCUGAUGGACUCAAGAGCAGCAAACUGAAAAUACUCAGACUUCAAAGCUGCAGCCUGACAAAUAACAGCUCUGAUACUCUGGCAUCAGUCAUCAGCCUCAUGUCUUGCCAACUGAAAGUUCUGGAUCUCACAGACAAUGACUUUCAGGAUGUAGGAGUCAAGACAUUCUCUACUGGUUUGGCAAGUCCUUCCUGUAAACUGGAGCAACUCAUUUUGUCAGGGUGCAGAGUUGCAGAAGAGGGUUGCACUUUCCUUGCAUCUGCCCUGAACUCAUCCCGCCUGAGAAAACUUGACCUGAGCUACAACCACCCUGGAAACUCUGGCCUGAUGCUGUUGACUGCUCUGCUGGAGGACCCACACUGCAGCCUGAACGCACUCAGUGUGGAGCAGUGCGGUGAAUCCAGAAUCCAGCCUGGUCCAAAGAAAUAUGCCAGUAGACUGACCCUUGACCCAAACACAGCUCAUAAAGAUCUUACUCUUUUGGAGGGGAACAGGAAAGCAAAACGCUGGACCAAGCAGCCAUAUCCUGAUCAUCCAGAGAGGUUUGAUUUCUGGACUCAGGUACUGUGCAAGGAGGGACUGACGGGACGCUGCUACUGGGAGACAGAGUGGUGCGGAAGGGUCGGCCUAGGAGUGGCCUAUCGACGGAUGAACAGGAAGGGGGAGGGCCAUGAAUGCUGGUUAGGUCGGAAUGACAAUUCCUGGUGCCUGAACUGCAACAAAGAUGGUUACAGGAUUCUGCAUGGAAACACAAAUGAUGCUGUGCCCGCUUCAGCCGGCUGCAAUAAAGUAGGAGUGUAUCUGGACUGGCCUGCAGGAAUGCUGUCUUUCUAUAAGGUGUCCUGUGGUGAACUCACUCUCUUCCACACCUUCCACACCACAUUCACUGAGCCGGUGUAUCCUGGGUUUCACCUGGGCUGGGUGGACUCGGUAGUGCAACUGUGCUAAUACGUGUGUCCUGGUUUAGGGAAAUCAGGUUCUAAGACUUCUACUCAACUCUGAAUUACUGAGCCUGAUGUUUAAUGUGACAUUUACAGAAUACAGAGGUGCUAAAAUCAGAAUCGCCCUGUAUAGAUGGGUAAAAUGAUAAACUCUGACUGAUUGUGUUUUCUUUUCAUGUAUGACAUAAGAAAAUAGAUCCUCCAGGAUCCUGGUGUUCAAGAUAUGUUGUCCCCACAGCAAGCAGGGGUAACUGGUUCUGGCCUCGGGUCUCCUUACAGAAGAAAACCAGAUGACCAAAUCAGCUCAGGUGACCUUCUCUGGUGAAGAGAAGCAGCUCUUCACCUAAUUUCCAGUCUGAGCUUGGCAGGAAUCCCCUUUAAGCCUCUAGUACCUGGGAUCUUAUCCUUUUGGAAAUGAGCUAAAUCUCAUGACCAUAAGGUUAGAACACAGUCUGAACAUUUGAGAACUUUGGCUUUUGAUUCAGCUCAUUCACAAAACCCAAAUCUAUUGGUUCAUUUCUUGUUCCAAGCUGCCACUUAAACUCAUGAUAUUCUAGCUAGUUUAGAGUCUUGGUACUAAGCUGCUGUUAAGCUCUGGCAUUACUUAGAGUAAAAAAAAACCACGGUUACGAAUUGUAACCCCAGAUUCUAUGAAUAUAGGCGCAGCCCAUUAAGGCUGCCACUGGAUGAGCCCUUCUCAGGUGACUAUCUGUGGUCAGAGAAUCGGUAAGGUAAUCUGUUCCAAAUUAGUACACAUGUUAGCAAGCUAACAUGGGAAAACUUUACACUGAGCUCUUAUUGAAGGCGUUGUGAAGAGAAAAAUGUGAGACGAGUGGGGGGCUAGGCACCCAUUUUAUACCAGAAUAGGGCUAUUGAAAGCUCUUCAGUGAUUGGCUAACCCAAGAAUGGCUCAUCCAAUGACAACCUUAAAGGGCGGAGCCUAUACAAAUAGAACAAACAAACUUAACACAAUAGCAUCAGCUCCACUAUGUCUGGACUAGGUUUGGAGUGUUCUCGUAGCCUUGGAUUUUUCCGCGCGCAACCGGAUGUCUUUUCAGCCCUUUUCCCUGGAGCCAAACUGGUCCAACACGCCCACUGCUGACUGGCUGGCUAGCUCAAAAUCACACAUGCCAUUUGGAGGAGACUUCGAUUGGCAGAUAGAAUCAGCUUGCAGAGGCUUCCCACAUGCAUGAUUCAUUAUCAUUUUGAAUGCUGUGGAGUUAAGGAGCCUCUAACUGAAGCAAUUAAUUGUUCCUCUGUUUCUCACUGCUGUGAGGAGCACGCGCACACACACCAAAGCAGGAUGCAAAAUCAGUCAGAAUCUCCAAAAGUAAGACUGCUCAGGCCGCUUUAAUGGAAACAAUGCGGAAUUCUCCGGUUCUUUUGCCCCGCCCACGUGUUUGGAGAUGCGUUCAUGACAUCACAGACCACAGACCCCCAUGUGCUCAAUCAUGUCCACAUUCCUAAGGCAGUGUGGAAGAAACACGGCCAGGCUGUAGCGGAGUGGAGUCUAUGCUAGUGUAUAAGUGGCACGAGUUCACUCACUCAGCCCCUCAUACUUGUAUGGCAUCAUACCUGCGCCACUGAACUUUUUGCUGUAGAUAGGUCGUUUAAAAAGCGUCAUCUUUGAUUAAUAUUGGUUAAUAUAAGAGUCAAGUAUUAUUUGAUGGUGAUUUUUUAAAAAUGCAUAUUGGUUAUGGUUUAAUUACAUGUUGAUGUCUGUUAAGCUUCAAAAUCCUGGCAUUUUGGGAGUAAACAAUACACUGGACUAUC